UCCAUAUGUGGAGCGACAAUUUCGCGGGUUAUGUGAUUCACUUCUGUUUUUCUGUUCACAGCCUCAUUUUUCGGGUCAUCUCGUCGCCAGAAAAUUUACAGAGUUGAGAAGUUAACGUUGUUCUUUGAAAGCCAUCUGUUCGGUCGUGAUAAAUAGGGGCAAAAGUGUUAAAUUCCAGGGGAUUUUUUGAGUCAAGUGUAACGGCCAUAUUGUUGAUGUAUCACGUGACAGAGAGGGAGCAGUGAGGUGAAUGCGCCGGGUGCCUAUUCGCACACACACAUUUUGCUAGAGUCAAAAGAAGAAAAAUUCCUCUCACGCGUGUUUAAGUUUAAUAGAAAAAAAUCCUCGGUAUAGGCUAUCGUUAUUUUUUGUUAUUUUAAUCAGCCAAACAGUGAUAAUGGAUCCGCGCAAAUUGACGGAACUGUUGAGAGCAACUAUUGACCCGGCACAGCAAAAACAAGCCGAGGAACAGCUUAAUCAGAUUCACAAAAUUAUCGGUUUCGCUCCGAGUUUGCUACAAGUAAUAAUGUCAAAUGAGGUUGACAUGCCUGUCAGACAAGCUGGUGUAAUAUACUUGAAGAAUUUGAUAACGACAAACUGGGCUGACCGUGAACCCGAGAAUGGACCAGCUCCAUUUAGCAUUCACGAGCAGGAUCGUGCCAUGAUACGUGAUGCCAUUGUUGAUGCUGUUGUACAUGCCCCAGACCUCAUCCGCGUUCAACUGGCUGUUUGCAUCAGUAAUAUCGUUAAACACGAUUUUCCAGGACGUUGGACGCAAAUCGUUGAUAAAAUAACGAUUUAUCUGCAAAAUCCAGACGCUUCCUGCUGGCCUGGCGUUCUUCUGGCGCUCUAUCAGCUUGUUAAAAACUUCGAGUACAAAAAAGCAGAAGAACGAGGUCCUCUGAACGAAGCAAUGAAUCUCCUGUUCCCCAUGAUCUACCAGCUGAUCCUGCGUCUCCUGCCCGAUCCAUCCGAGCAGUCGGUCCUCCUCCAGAAGCAAAUACUCAAAAUCUUCUUCGCCCUGACACAGUAUUCCCUCCCCCUAGACUUGAUAUCAAAGGAUGUAUUUUCCCAGUGGAUGGACGUGGUGAGACAAGUUGCAGACAGGCCAGUGCCCCCUGAAACGAACGAUCCCGACCUGGACGAGGACGAGCGCGCUGAAUUGCCCUGGUGGAAGUGUAAAAAAUGGGCCCUCCACAUUCUCCACCGUAUGUUUGAGAGAUACGGCAGUCCUGGAACUGUAACCAAAGAGUACAAAGAAUUUUCUGAAUGGUAUUUGCAGACAUUCAGUGGUGGUAUACUGGAAGUGCUUCUGAAAAUACUGGACCAGUACAGGCGAAAAAUUUACGUAUCACCGAGGGUUAUUCAGCAGUCGUUAAACUACAUAAAUCAGGGCGUGAGUCAUGCGUUCUCUUGGAAAUUCCUGAAGCCACAUAUGUUUGAGAUUAUCAGAGACGUACUCUUCCCAAUUCUCUCUUACUCAUCGUCUGACGAGGAGCUGUGGAACAGUGACCCCUACGAGUAUAUUCGCGUAAAGUUUGAUAUUUUCGAGGACUUUGUGUCACCAGUGACAGCAGCCCAGGUUCUACUGCAAUCGGCAUGCAAAAAACGCAAGGACAUGCUCCAGAAGGCGAUGCAGUUUUGCGUGGAAGUGCUGACGAGUCCGAAUGCCGAUCCCAGACAGAAAGACGGUGCUCUACACAUGGUUGGCAGUUUAGCUGACAUUCUUCUCAAGAAGAAGGUGUACAAAGAGCAAAUGGACAAAAUGCUGCUGCAGUAUAUUUUCCCUGAAUUCAACAGUCCCCAUGGACACAUGAGGGCUCGGGCCUGCUGGGUGCUACACAAUUUCUCAGACAUUAAAUUCAAACAAGAGCCCAUUCUCGUAGAAGCUAUUCGAUUAACCACAAACGCCCUCCUCAAUGAUCAAGAUCUUCCGGUUAAAGUCGAGGCAGCAAUUUGCCUGCAGACUCUCUUGUCAUCACAAGAUAAAGCCAAGAAAUACAUUGAACCACUGAUAAGACAGAUAACCCUGGAGUUACUCAACAUAAUCAGGGAAACUGAGAACGAUGACUUAACGAAUGUGAUGCAGAAAAUAGUCUGCACUUACACCGAGCAAUUGAUGCCGAUAGCCGUUGAGAUAUGCCAGCACUUGGCGAGAACAUUCAGCCAGGUACUGGAGACAGAUGAGGGAAGCGAUGAAAAAGCCAUCACUGCGAUGGGCCUUCUCAACACAAUCGCAACGUUAUUGACAGUUAUGGAGGACCAGCCCCAGAUUAUGGCGCAGCUGCAGCCCACAGUUCUUCAGGUAGUGGCUCACAUCUUCGGGCAGAGUGUCAUUGAAUUUUACGAGGAGGCACUUUCUCUGGUUUACGAUCUCACUGGAAAAUCCAUAUCCGAGGAUAUGUGGAAGGUUCUGGAGUUGAUGUAUCAAUUGUUCCAGAAGGAUGGCUUCGAUUACUUCACUGACAUGAUGCCAGCACUCCACAACUACAUCACAGUGGACACUCCAGCAUUUCUGUCCAAUGAAAAUCAUAUUUUAGCCAUGUUUAAUAUGUGCAAAGCUAUAUUGACUGGAGAUGCUGGGGAGGAUCCAGAGUGUCACGCAGCUAAACUCCUCGAAGUUAUUAUUCUCCAGUGCAAGGGCCACAUAGACCAGUGCAUACCGUCCCUGGUGCAACUGGUCCUCGAGCGGUUGACCAGAGAAGUCAAGACUUCGGAAUUGAGAACAAUGUGUCUGCAGGUGGUCAUAGCAGCUCUUUACUACAACCCGACAUUAUGUCUCGAGGCCAUGGAUGGGCUCCAGGGUACCCUCGGUCAAUCCACAGACCCAAUAGCCUCUCACUUCAUCAAACAAUGGAUUCACGACACAGACUGCUUCCUGGGCCUUCACGACCGAAAACUCUGUGUCCUCGGACUCUGCACUCUCAUCAGCAUGGGCCCUGCCAGACCUCCAGCAGUCAACGAAUGUGCCCAGCAGAUUAUUCCCUCAUUGAUUCUGCUGUUCGAUGGUCUCAAGCGAGCCUAUGCUGCUAAGGUCGCCGACGGCGAGGAGGAGCAGGAGGACGAGGAAGAGAGUGACUUCGAGGAGGAGGUUUUGUCGUCGGACGAGGAUGAGAUUGACGACGCUAGUCAGGAGUAUCUGGAAAAGCUGCAGGACAAGGUGACGAGAGCAGCUGCACCACAUGGGUUCAAUGUCAAUGCGUCGAUGCAUGAUGGACAUGCGGAUCACAAGUCAGAUGAUGAGAAUGAUGAUGACUCUGAUUUCGAGGCCAAUGAGGAGACCACUUUGGAGUGUUACAUCACACCUUUGGACUUUGAUGACAAUAAUCAGGAUGAGUACGUGGUUUUCAACGAAGUUAUGCAAAAUAUUGAGAGAACAGAUCACCAGUGGUAUACUGGAUUGACUAGCCACCUGACGGCUGAUCAGAGGAAAGCCCUCCAGGAGGUGAUUUUACUUGCGGAGCAACGCAAAGCAGCCCUAGAGAGUAAAAGAAUCGAACAGAGUGGCGGAUAUGCCUUCCACUCCCAGACUGUGCCGACUUCAUUUAAUUUCGGUGGUACGCCCUUAGGUCGAUAAAAAUAAGUUUCUCUUAACAUUUAUAUUCCUAGAACACGUAUAAGUAAGUAAAGAAGGAAUAAAAUUAAUCCUGAAACAUUCAAGUACAUCUGAUCGAUGGGCAAAGUACGAAUAAAAAAAUUGGACAAUGAGGAUUAAAAAGAAAAAUAAAUGAAAAACACUUAUAGCACACGAUUGUAAACAUGACCACUUCGAAGACAUUACGCAUUUCCUAUUUACUAUUUUUGUGUAAAGUGAAAAAUCUUGUACAUUAACUAAAUGCACUCUUUGCGUAAUCACAUCGUGAUAAAGCCUAUGUCAAAAGAAAAUUUAACAAAUUACGAAUAGGAAUAAUUCAACGGAUUGAACUGCGAGGCAAUAAAUUGAGUCUGAGCUGGUUGAUUUUGUACAUUGUAAAACCGAUGACUUUAACGAUAACGCUUUUGUCAAAAUACAAACACCAUUGAACGUGGUAUGUAUUAAUUUUACAUUAAUGCUUUGGAUACUAAUUUAUUUCCACUAUUACUCCCUUUAGUUUAUCUCUAUCUUCUGACUUUUUUUGGGACAUUUAUAAAAAUAAUUUUAGUGGUUUCCAUUGAACCAAACGCUGGCUGUUGGACCAGACUCAGUAUCCGAAAUAAGGGAGAAGUUACGUUGAUCAUAUGGAAAAUUUUAGUUUACUUUCCUUUUUCGUCAUUUUUUUCUAGUUGAAGGAUCUUCAGAGAGAAUUGAGUUAAUGUAGUAUUUGUUAAGGAAAAAACUAUGUUAAAUCGUUGGUUUUAAAUAUAUAAAAAAGCUACUUUUAAUACAUGGAGAUUUGAUUUUUAAUCGUCAUUCAUACGUUUGACUUGGUUAUUUUCUCUACGCUCCUCUGACCUGGUGCAAUCAAAUUGUAAAAAUUCAGCAGAAAUUACGAAAAGCCCACUCAGAAUUAAAAAAAAAAACAAAAUUUCUGAAAGAAAAGUGCCUUGAAUGAGAGAAUUGAAACAUUGUACAUGGAAAGGGGGCGAUUGUCGCAGAAUUAUUGUUUCAUUUAUUUUUAUAAUUGAAUAUAUCUUUACAUAGCUGCGUGAAAAUUCUUCGAGUCGCAACAAUUUUUUAAAUUUUUUAAAUUUACAUCUCCUAUUUAAAAAACGAAACAGAAAAAUAUUGAGUGCGGAAAGUAUUGAAGAGUCUUUACAAAUUUCCUGACCCUCUGAAGCACUUACGCUGUCCCCCAGAGUGCCAAUAUUCCUCCAAUUAAUCAUUACGCAAAGCCAUAAAUAUUUUUCGAUUAUUGAAACGUAAAAAAUUUAACAAUCUAAAGGGGCGACAAUUUUAUUAAUAAUUUCUCCUUCGUUUAUCUAAGUUUAAUAUCAGUUUAGAAAAAAUGAAAUGGUGAAAGCUGACAAGAAAAAAAUAUAGUUAAAAAUAUUUAUAGCAUCAAUUGACAAACGAGAUCGUUAUGUUCCUUCGAUAUUUAAUAAAUAAAAUCUGGCGUGUAA